AAGCGUGGAAAGAUGAUCUAUCGUACGUGUGUCUUUGACAAUUGUGUGAUCCAUUCUGAUUGGAAUGCCCAGGAACUGUGAAGCAGAUGAUGGCGUACUUCUAUGCGUCGUUCCGAAAUACGUCGCGAACCCAAGUGGCCAAAAGUCUGGAGGCGCAAAUUUCCGUGAACAAGGCCGAGGUUGAAUGGCUCGGGUGUAAUGCAUUCUAUACUGUUCUCUCACGCAAGCCGAGGUGGUAUACAUGGGUUCUGAAGGAGCUUCGUGGUGAUAUAAGCAGACUGAAGGGGUCUGGACGCAGGAGGCGGUUCCGUGGGCUGUUCGCUGUGGGGCUCAGGAGCAUGGAGCAGAUAACCUAUUAGAGAGUCCGAGAUGGCCGGGACCCAGGCUCGGGCCGAUUACGUAGAGCCGGUAAUUGCAGCUAAGAUAGGCGUCACCAGGAACAGGGACCUUUAUGUAAGCAGCUUUGUGACCAAACGUCGGGCCUCAAAUGCCGCCGCCAGAAAAAAGCGAUGGAAAAUCUGAUACCUGGGAAAUGAAUGUAUUGAUGGUGGCUACCUUUGCCAGGAAUCAGAUUAAAAAUUCAUGUAAAAUUGAUGAAGUUAUUGACGAAAAAUGUUUUUU